AUGUCAAUAACUGCAGUACCUGCAGGGAAUUCAAACGUGCUUCGUGAAAGUGGUUAUCGUCGCUUUGAAGCGAUUGGAAUGCGUCCUGGUACCGCGCAUGUGCAUGUGACAGAAUUGGCUAACACCACUAUCAAUCCGACUCCGAAACGUUCAGAAUCGCGUAGUGAAAUAUUUGAAGAAUAUAUUUGUGGGGCAAAGGACCUUGGAGCUUCUCUCGGAGCUCUGGAAAUACUGUGGAUGCCAAGAUCUUGUCUCAAAUGUCUGGAUGGACUUUCGAGUAUGGGAAAUCUCGUAGAAUUGUAUCUGGCUUUCAAUGAAAUCAAGGAUAUCAGCUCGUGUGCCAUGCUUGAACGAUUAGAAAUCCUUGACUUGGAAGGGUUUGUUAUGAAAAAUAUGAUAAAAACAUUCCCUAGGAAUCAAAUAUCGGAUAAAUGUAAUCUAUCCUUCUUGAAAAUGUGUGCCAACUUGACUCACUUAACACUGGAAGGAAAUCCGUUGGUGUCUAGUUUGGGCGGUGUCAAGAGUUACCGCCGGGAAGUUUGUAAAGCCUUACCACAAGUUCGGAUGCUAGAUGAUAUACCUGUAGAAAAAGAGGUUAUAUCAAAAUAUUCUGAUUAUUCUGUUGGCAAGUUUGAGGAUGAGUGGACCUACAUCAAUUCUUUGUUGAAGGAAGUUGGCCUGUUAUCUUCUACAUCUGAGAGCCUCAAUGCCUGUGAGCUUCAGGGCGUAGAACGUACAGGCCAUUCCCUCAUCAGUGUGCAUGAUGCAUCGCGGAAGAAACCGAUCUCACCUGGUAAUGGAAAAGAAUUGCCAAAAGAACGUCGUACUAAAAGGUUGGUCAGGGAACUCUCACGAACGACAGAUGAAGCAAAGUCAAAUGAAAAGAAGCCUGUAGAUAUCAAGACGACUGAUUUGAUCUUGCAAGAGGAGGAGCAACUCCGUAUCGAAUGUGAUGCUGUAUUGAAGGAGUUGGCCGAUUGGCGGAAGUGCUAUUCGGAAUCAGGUGCGUUCAGUCGAAGGAAGUCCGUACCGCAAAUACUCAAAGUGCACUCAUCAGAAAAGGACGCGGAGGCCAUCCUUUUAUCCACAGACAGCGAGAGCACACUAGAAGAUCACAGUGCAGUGAUCAAGAGAAGCCGUGAAAAUCAAUCAAAUCCACGCAAGGGUGUUACGUCGAUCGUUGGUGAUGAAGAUUGCAUGAGUGAGAUGUCCAGUUCCAGUGGAUAUGAAAGUCGACGAACUACAACCGCUGGUACAGACUACAAUGAAUCUCCCAGAGAUGAAAAGCCCGACUCUAAGUCAUUCAACACAAUUCAAGACAGUUCGGGUCAUUUCAUCACGAGGUCAGACUUAAAACUUGUGGACAGCGUUGACCGAAAUGUACCCGAAGAAAUGGCCCAGACUUUGAAGGAAACGACCUCAAAACCAAAAACUAAAAACGUUGCUGACGGCUUACUUCCUGGUCAGUUAGCAAAUCUUCAGGCUAUCAAAUCGACAACUAAACGCUCUGGUCGGUCCUCCUUCCCACCGCUCUCAUCAAACGGAAUCUCUAGUUCAGGGACAACUGGCCUUCGAACAACGACGGAAGUUAACUACAGACCACGACUGAAUGUGAGUAAUGGAAAACCAGAGACGGCGGUCAAAAACGAUGGACGACAAGCUGGAAGGAGCAACCCAGUGACCAUGGAGAGCGCCAAGUCCGGUUUUGCCAAGUCCAUAUCCAAAGGACUUUCCAAUCGUCUUGACACAGCUGGACGUCUGACCUCAAAGUGGCUACGCACCAAUUCAAGUCCUCUUCCUUCCAAACCAAAUGUACAGCCCAAAAUGUGA